CCAUCUCCACAGGCCUGCCCAACCUCCUCCAAACUCACCUCCUACAACAAGUUUGACAGCUCAGCCCCUUCCAGCAGCCGGCUGUCCUCCCCCGGACGUGUCCCCGCGGUGUGUCCCUCUCAGCCGGUGUCGUCUCGCGUUUGGUCAUGUGUGCGCGUCGCGUCUCCCGCUGGACAUAAAGGAGUUUCAUGUGUCCGUGAGGUUUGGUCACUUUUCCCCCCUGUUGGAUUUUCUUUUUCCUUUUUUUUGGUUUCGGGAGGAAGAGGAGGAGGAAGAGGGGAGUUCGGACGCGUUUAGUUUUGUUAUUUCGUUUAUUUGUCGGGUGUAGUGGAAGGUCUCUGAAGGACGAGAUGUCGCGGAACGUGGAGGAGGUGACCAAGCUCACGGAGAGCACAUACAAGAGCGUGAUGGACCAGUUCAACCCGGGACUCCGGAACCUGGUCAACCUGGGAAAGAACUACGAGAAAUCAGUGGCUGCGAUGAUCCUGGCGGGAAAGUCGUAUUUCGAUGCAAUGUCUAAGAUCGGGGAGAAUGCUGCAGUGUCCCCCGUCUCCAGAGAAUUAGGUGUAGUGCUCAUGGACAUCUCAGAAGUCCACAGGAAGGUCAAUCUCGAGCUGGAAGAAAAUUUCAAGAGGUUCCACAGGGACAUAAUAUCCGAACUGGAGAGAAAGACUGAGAUGGAUGUCAAAUACAUGACAGCCACAUUCAAGAGGUACCAAAUUGAGCACAAGAUGAAGCAGGACUGUCUGGAGAGAUCCCAGUCGGACCUGAAGAAGCUGAGGAGGAAGAGCCAGGGGAAGAACGCCAACAAGUACGAGAACAAGGAGAGCGAGUGCCUGGAAACGUUGACGAGCCGUCAGAUGGACAUGCAGCUGUUCAUCGCCGAGGGCUGCAAGGAGGCUCUGGUGGAGGAGAAGAGACGCUUCUGUUUCCUGGUGGACAAACACUGCAUGUUCUCCUACCAGUUUGCUUCCUUCCACGAGAAGGCCAGAGACUUGCUGACGACGAAGCUGAACAGCUGGCAGGACCAGUGCAACGACGCCUCCGACAUGCCCGACAGUAUCCUGUCCAUGAUCGAGGGACUGCAGACGCCCAUCUCCAUCACACCUCUGCCCUCCCCCUCCCCAUCGCGGCACAGCGUGAACAUGACCGCUCCUCCGGCUCCGCCUCUGAAGGCGCAGACAAGUCCUCUGGCUAACAUGUUCACCCAGGGGAACAACAUCGCCACUGCAACCAGAACUACCAACAACAGCAUAGACCACGGGGGCAGCGAGGACCACAACCUGGCCAGGUGCGUGUCCGUCGCCACGGGCCUCAACAAUAUGGUGAAGAGGCCGCGAGUGCGCACAAUCUUCCCCCACACUGCCGGCAACAACGGCACACUGAUCAGCUUCGAGGAGGGAGACGUCAUCACGCUGCUCAUCCCCGAGGAGAGGGACGGCUGGAUGUACGGCGAGCUGGAGAAUAGCGGAAAGAGGGGCUGGUUCCCUUCCUCUUACUGCCGCGCUCUCUCCGAGCCUGUCGUGAAUAACAACAGCGUGUCUGCAGGGCCGCACCGCAGCAGAAGCGUGGUCAACCUCCACCAUCAGGACACGGAGACGGACGAGGCGACCAUGGUGCUCCCGCCGGCGGACUACAGCAACGUCCUGCAGCACAACAGCAACAGCAGCAGCACCGUCGCCCAAAACUACGUCCAGCGGCACUCCCCUACGCUCUCUGCGUCCUCGUCCUCGUCCAAUCCCCACGCGGCGCUGCAGUCAAACGGCACCUCAAGACCUCAGCCUGCUUACCUCGCGGGAGGGAACCCAUUCGCCACAGUCCGGCUACGUCCGACAGUCACCAACGACCGCUCCGCGCCGGUGGUCUGAUCUCCGCCCAGUUUUCCCACAACUUCCAGUGUCAUCUGCCGUUACUGUGCAGCGGCGUCUGCUGGUCUGGAACCAGACAGAACUUGGCCAGCGCAAGAGACGACAAAGAAAAAAUGCCAUUUGAAUCUGGGAUCCCCUUACUGCUACAAACUCUCACAUUGAAGUGUUUUGGCAUUUUUAUUUUCCAAUACAGAUGCUCACAAAUUUAUUAUAUAUAUAUUCUAUUGUGUCCCCAUGUUUAAGGAGGUGAUUUUAGGAGGACCACAUUUUUACCUGCACUUGAGAAACGGAUGAAUGAAAACGGUCGUAGCAAAUACUGCAAGGUAUUUGUGCUGUUGAUGUUGCUUGUUCAUCGUCAAAAUGACUGUUGGAAAUCGUUUUCUGUUGCCAUAGGACAGUCGAACGUAAUUCAUUUCACCUUCGGGUCCUUAUAAAACGUUGCAUUUUAAGGUCAAUGCUAUGAUGUUGCAGCAAGGAGACUUUAAAGAGAUGCCUCCAAAAGUCCCUUUUGUAUAUAGAGUUGCGCGACAGAUGCUAUGAAUAUUGUAAUUUGCCAUGUAGACAAAACUUUUGCCUUAAUGACACAAACAUAAUUACUGUAAAAGAUAUCAGUGUCUGUUCUUCAAAUUGUGGACCGUCACUUAUGUUCACAAUGGCGAUGUGGUCGUUCCUGCUUUGAUCAUUGCUCCUGCAGUUUUAAGACCUGUAGACUCUUGUUUUCAGCCCACAUCAGUCUUGAUACAAUUUGCUGUAUGAAAAAUAAAGAUUAUUUAAAAUAAAGAAUUAUUUCUUCAAA